AUGUCUCAAGAUGAUGGUGAUGGAUGUUCUGGUGCCGAAGCAAUUCGUGAAGAUACAAAUGAUAUUGUUGAUGAAACAAAAAAUUUAAUGAUCGAAGCAAGAUCUAGUUUAACGACACUUAUUUGUAGUAUAUUAUUAAUGUCAUUAAUAUCUAUUUUUCUAUCAACAUGGCUUGCUAAAACAAUAACGAAUAGUCAAGCAUCAUUUGGUUCAAUUGUUAGUCAUUAUUUUGGUUUUGAUCGUAAUGGUACUGAACCAAAUGUUACAUGGUGGACACCGAAACAUGUUAAAAAAAAUGAUUUAAUUUCACGAAAUAAGACAAUGAAUAAUAACCAUGCAACAUCAAAAUUAACUGUGUUAAAAAUUCCUUAUAGUGAUUAUUCAAAUUUUCAUACAAUUGUUUUACCACUUCUUUUUAUUUGUUCAAUUCUUCUUGCUGUACUUGCAUAUUAUGCACGUGUUAAAUGUACUAAUCGUGAUUUUGCCUGGGGUGCUGUACCAAAAAUACCACUUGAACGUGUUGAUCCAUCUGUUGUUGUAGCAACGCUUGCUAAAGAAAAAGAAGCUGAACCUGGUAUUGAUUAUACAAUUGUACAAGGAACAGAUGAAGAACCAGUUGUAUUUGCAUUAGCUGAAACAGUUGAACCAUUACGUGAAGAAGGAGACAUUAUUGAUGAAGGAACUCAAUAUGAACCCGAAGAUGUUUUAAAAGUGAUUACACAUGUUUCAUCUGCACCUCAACUACAUACGAAUAUUCAAAUUAUCCCAUCAUCAUCAUCACCACCAUCAUCAACAACUCCAUCAGAUGAACAAAAACAUAUCAUGGAUGUCUUAAAAAGACAACCAUUACCUACACUUUCACCAUCAAAAUAA